UUCAUGCUGGAUGUUUAUAGCAACAUAAGAUAGGAGGCUGCCAUGUCUCUUCUCUGGUUGCUACUGGCCGUCCUGUCUAUGCUGGAAGCCGGCUAUGCUGAUUUCUCAGGGACAGAACCACCUGACAGCAGACACAACACAGUGAGGAUCUGUGCUGACAAUGAGACGGAGGUGUGGGAGCUGCUGGAGAAUGAGACCAAGCGGGGUACACAGGAGGAGCCCUCUAGCACCCCGCAGCCUGGCACCCCAACUCCAUCACCUGCCAGCCAGACCCCUGUAAUUGUCAGAGAGCCCAAAUCGUUCGAUCAAGUUCAGGCUCGCUCCGUCCCUGUGCUGGUGACCAGCGUUUCCAACCUGUGUGUUUGUGAUCUGCUGGAAGCCCAGUGUGAUGUCAACUGCUGUUGUGAUCCUGACUGCACUGCUGCUGAUUUCAGUGUCUUCUCUGGAUGUUCAGUUUCUGCCGUCACAGGUGAUACACGGUUGUGCUCGCAGGAAGCUGUUCUCUACUCCAUCAAUUCUUCUACAACUGUCCCUCAAAGGGUAACAGAAACGGUGCAAGUGGUUAACCUGAAUGUCUUCUGUAUUCAAACAACCAACUACCAGCCAGCAUUGUCGUAUAUAACUCCAGAUGAACCAACAGAGGCAAGCUUUGACAGUUUACUCAGAGAGUUUGGUGGAAACCAGUUUAACACUAAUACUGUACUUAAUACUGUCGUUUCUACUGAAGCCCGAAACCGAUCCCGAUAUGAGUAUGGUGUACCUAUUCUAACUAAAGACUCUUACCUAAAGCUUCCAGCUCCUCUGGGCACAAAUACAUGCACUGACAGUAGCCCUAUAGGCUUUUUGGAAAGACAGAAUUUGAUAUGCACUAGAGAUGUGCAGCUAGAGAAUUGUUCAAUUCCUGCCCUGACCCUUGGAACUUACACAGCCAUCCAGAUUUUACCUGCUCCAAAUUCACAAAGUGGGAUUAAUGUGAGUGUGCAAGCUGUUACAAUGCGGUCUAUAACUGGCACUCUCGUUAGAAUAAAUUUUAGUGACCAGACUCCAACCUAUAACAAUAUUACAGGAAUCUGUACCAAUGUGGUUCUGGGGGGAAGUUACUCCAUAAUAUACACAGCUCAGGGGGAGAUAAGAAGUGUCCUGGCAUCGUUCACCCUCGGAACAAUUAGCAGAACCCCCUUUCAGCAAUCCUUCCAGAUCAGUUUCACAGAGGAAGGGGCAAUACCAGUCACUCUUAGUGGGAACCCGGGCUACGUAGUCGGAAUGCCUCUUAUUGCUGGCUUUAGGUUGCCACAAUCUGGCAUUGUUCAAAGUACCAACAGAUUUGGGCAACUAACUCUGCUCCAGAGCUCAGUAGACCAGAGCUGUCUAACAGAACAAGGGAAAAGGGCUGCUGUGUUAUUUGGGUACAACAUGAUGUCUGGCUGCAAACUGCGUUUGAAUAGUUUCAAUUAUACCAUAGCUGCAUUUUGCCAGCUUGCAGGAGUUACCAUUUUGAAUGCACUCAAAGGAGAGCAGUUUCCAGAGUAUGUGGCCCAGUUUGGGAAUUCCCAGCCGGAGAAGGUUCUAGAUUGGGUGGCGAUAAAUUCGAUUACAGCUGAGAUUUCCCAGAAAUGCUCUGCUGAUGCGAGUAUGUGUAAAAUCCCAGUUUCCUUGGAAUUGGAAGUCCAGUGGACAAAAUUUGGUUCCUUAGUAAAUCCUCAAGCACAGAUUGUGAAAGUGACCGAAAAGAUCUCUUACGCAUUUAUCCCCGAUAACUUGGGCGGUGACAGGACGGUGCAGAUCUCUACUGCUGUGACUUUUCUCGAUGUGUCUCAGGCUGCCAGCCCUGGUUACAAAGCUCAGCCGACUAUGGAUGCCAAGUUGCCCUUUGAUUUCUUCCACCCAUUUGUAUAAACGUAGCAGGUAACCGCUUCCUACCUACAACAAAGUCCACCAC